UCCCCGGUCACGGCAGCAUGGCGGAGCGACGCUGAUGUGGUGGAAGUUGUCGAUGAGCGAUGUGGAAGAUUUGCGAACCUGCUUGACAUUCAUGCAAGUGCUGGAUCUUUUUACAAGCCCAACGAAUUCAGUCUUACGCGUUAAUGCGUCCGCAGGGAGACAGCGGGGUCGAGUUUGAGUGUUUUUCGCCUGAGAGCCAUCGAGCCGGGCGUUAGCCGCGUUAGCAGCUGCUUUUGUUAAAACAUCAACAUUGACGCUUUAAAACCCGGCAAACUCAAGCUUUUUGGGUCUACGCUUGUCUGCUGUUUUUAAGGAUUCCUGCAACAAAAGUCACAACUUGAUCUUAAACCAACCCUCGCUUUUGAGUCGUUGGACUGUCUGCACUAAAACCCCGUCCCCUUUGGAGCCAUGGACAGGAAGCCCCAGCGCGGCGGCGCCAGCAGCGCCAGCAGCGGGGACUCGAGCUGCGGCAGCCCGGGCUCCCCGAGCCGCAGCCCGGCCAGGCCCGGGGCGAGCGCCGCGGCUUCGGCGGCGGCCUCGGGGGCCGGCAGCGCCAACGCCUUCGCCAACGACGGCAGCUUCAUGGAGAUUUUCAAGAAGAAGAUGGAGGAGGAGAAGAGGAAAAGGGAGACGCCGCAAUCAGGGGGAGAUGAGAAGGCCAGCGAGCAAGGACAGACCUCAGUGGAAAAGAAGGCCCCUCCUGUGACGAGCUUUGUGGGAAAGCGGAGAGGCGGUGUGUUCCUAAAGACCGGCAUUGUUCAGAAGAAGAAGAAACAGGACACAGACGCUGAAGCUGGCAAGAGCGACGCUUGGUUAAAGUACAUGGCUGAGGUGCAAAAGUACAAAGCCCACCAGUGUGGUGACGACGAUAAAACCAGGCCUCUGGUCAAAUAGGCUCCAAGUGGGGAUCAUGAAGUGACUGUUGGGGGGAGAAAUCCACCUGUGAGAAGUUCUGGGAGAGCAGGCCGACUUGGACCUUCUCAUACUGCCAGUUCACGUCGACCUGCAAUGUGUCACAAACUGCUUAUAAUUGACACAAUCUUUCAUCUUUUUUUUUUAAUUGUUUUUUGUCUUGCCUCUUUUGCUCUGGUGUUGAUACAUUUUUGAGAAACCUGGUAUCAAAUUAUUACAUGUCUUGAAACUUGA